UUGACGGCAGGAGAUAAAGCCCCCCCUCUCGCUCGCUCGCUCGCUUUCUCGGAGACGCCAUUUUUGGCCCUCGGCAACAACAAAAUCUACUAAUCCUUCUACUGUUACCCUUAUCUGCUUGUUUUUCCGUUAAUACAAUUUUAACCACUCGAUGGAUCGAUUUUGAUGUCACUGAGGGGAGCGAUUUUGGCGUCGUCCAUUUAUUCUUAGUUUAUCAGAAUUUACUUGGGACCUGUAUGCACCUGUACAAUGAACAGUGUACAAUUCCAACAAGCACCAAUGCUGGCAAACAUUCAAAUGUCUUCUUUCAAUGCAUCUCGAGCAUUGAUCCAUACUCAUUUCUUUCCAAAAGAGUAUGUUGGAGCUUUGCAACUGGUCAAAGAUGAAGAAUCAUCUAAACUCAAUCGUCUGCAGCUGACUAUAGAAUCAUCUACUGAGCAGUAUAAAACUGAGAAGAGUUCAGCAGACAGAGAUGAAGAAUGUCAAUUGCAUGAUAUAGACAAUGUUAUAUACGAGGAAGCUGAUAGUGCUUCAGAUUAUGCAAAAAGUGCUUCCAAUAUUUGUGACAAGGAAAUCCAGAGAAGGUGGAAGAUUGGACUAGCAAACAAAGGUAGGACACCUUGGAACAAAGGGAAGAAGCACAGUAAAGAGACUCGAGAGCUCAUCAAGAAGAGGACUAUGGAGGCCUUGAGUGAUCCCAAGGUUAGGAAGAAGAUGUCUGAAUAUCCUCAUUCUCACAGUGAUCAGAGCAAGGCGAGAAUAAGUUCUGGACUAAAAAAGUCCUGGGAAAAGCGCUUGAAACAUAGAAGAUCACAAGAGUAUUUCUGUAUCAUAUGGUCUGGAAGCAUCGCAGAAGCAGCAAGAGAAGGUGGUUGCGGCCAACAGGAAUUGAACUGGGAUAGCUAUGAAAAAAUUAAAGCUGAUAUCGAAUCUCAACAAAUUCAGCAGAAAGCAGAAAAGGCAAGGACCAGAGAAAUUGCAAAGCGAAGGGCAGGGAGAGUGUCCCAGAUUAGGGUAGAAAAUGUUGCAGGGCUUGCUAAACAGAGUAACGGCAAUGAACAGAAGGCAGAGGCUAAGAAAGUUGUGGCAUCAUCAUGGAAGAGAUCAGAGGAUGAGAAAAAGAAGAUGGCUUUAUCUAAGGGUUUCAAACUAAAGGCAAGAUUGAUUAAGUUUCACCACCGUAAGAAGAAGUUGAGCAGUUUUGUCAGUAUUCGGAGCGAGAAGAUGGUUGAGCCUGAGCCACUUGUUGAGAAAUGGGAUUUGGAGUUCAUCAAGGCGGAAAGACUGCGAAGAAAAAUUUCGCUUGCUGAUCAAAUUCAGUCUCUGAAGAGCAGAAAAGCAAAGUGUAGCACCGAAGAAGUUCCAGCCCCUGCAUCAUUUGAUUCUUCUGUCGAAGAGAAAGCAGGAGGCUGAUAAGUUCUUUUACAUCUACUUUCACCGCAGGUAAUAUACACCAGGAAGAAAUCAGCAUGCUUCUCCCUAUAUAUAAUGCUACUUGUAGUUUUCUAUCCAGUUAGCAUGUGCCUCUGCUAACUUGUACCAAAAUUCAUUUACACCUAGGCACAUUGUAUUAAAUGUGUAUUCCAAAAUUGAUUGCCAAUCAGAAUGAAGCUUCUCCCACGUUUUUCAUACCA